AUGUGCACAUCAAGAUCGCUUUUACCUUUUUGCUACUCCAUCAGCGGGGAUAACAAUGGCUUCGAGUACAACAGCAACGUGAUCAGCGGGGGGACCUACAUGCCCGGGAAAGAAGGUCACAGAGAAAACACGGACUUCUACGCCGUAGGAAGUAGUGGACACGCUGUGUCUAACGGCAGGAGCCAAGGAAAUCUCGAAGAAAGUUUAAGGAGUAGCUCUUACAGCGGAUUUUCUCCCAGUAGCCACAAUACUGGCUUCUCCAGUUACUCCACUGCUAGUCGUGAUAAUCUGGCCACUAGUCCCUACUACAAUGCUGCUCAAUCCAGCUAUGAUAGCUACACAAGCAGCAGUAACAAUGGAGAUUCUAGUUUCGAGGCUUAUACUCAGGGUAGUGAUCAGGCAGGGUCUGAUUUCAGUCAGUUCUCCACCAGCAAGGCUAAAAGUCCCACUUACACGAGAUAUUCUGAUAAUCUGCCUGGAGCCUCCAGCACAGGAAGCUAUCCUGAGUUAACUACAGAUACUUCUUCAUUCAGAGGAGAUUAUUCAGGUGACUCUUUUAGGAGUCAAACAACACAUACUGCAGGAUUCGUGGAUGGUGGUGAUCAAUCCUACAACAGAGAGCCCUCAAACUUAUUCAAUAGUCCUAGUAAUGAUUACUCAUACGGAAAAUAUAAGGAUGGUGCCUUUGGAGUGGCAGGAAGCACUAAGUUCAUGAAUGAUGUGUACUCCCUUCAUCCUGAGACACGUUAUGUGAGGGGAAGUCAUGGAAACAUGGGGCAUAAUUAUGGUUCUUCUAUGCUCCUAUCUAAUUCUGCUAGUAGUCCCUUCAGCAGUGUACGAGCCAGCCCUAGUCCGUAUGGUUCUGGGAAAUUCAGUAAAUACAACAAAUACAUGGGCGAGUAUGGUCCCACUGCAAGUUUGAACUAUCUCUCCAAGGAGCAAGAUGUUGAUUACUUGCUUAGUCAAUAUGGUAAAGGUAGCGGAAAGCUGGCUUCAAUUAAAGACAGCAGGCCAAGUAAUUAUGGUGGACAACCUUAUGUUGGUGGACCCUCGUAUCUCAGCAAGCUCGUCGGUGGUUACAAAAGCAAACCAAGCUAUAUCAGCUCAUAUCCUAGCAGUUCUCCAGUAGGUUACUCGUCGAUGUCCAAUUUACACAGUAGUUUCAGUGGUAACAGUUAUACCGACGGUCCCUUAUUGAGAAGAUACCGAAGCAGUAGCUAUGUACCUGGACAUGGUAGCACAUAUUCUGGUUAUUUCUAA